AUGUACACAACCGACACCGAUAUCGAGAAACCCACCACAAUGGGCGUUGAGCACGUGGCCGAAACGCCUGUGUCCGGGUCCAUCAGCGAAAAACACUCACAGGAUGCGGAGCAAAUUCCCCACUUCACGCCUGAGCAGGAGCAACGGGUCCUCCGCAAGAUGGAUCUGCGGUUGAUUCCCAUGCUGUCUAUUUUGUAUCUAUUGGCAUUUUUGGACCGCGGCAAUAUUGGGAACGCGAAAAUCGAAGGAUUGGUUGAGGAUUUAGGGUUGACGUCGCAGGAAUAUAGCUGGUGUUUAACGGUGUUCUUUUUCACGUACUGUGCGUUUGAGAUGCCGAGUAAUCUACUGCUCAAAAAGUUGCGGCCGUCGAGAUGGUUGCCGUUUUUGAUGAUUGCUUGGGGGAUUGUCAUGACGUUGAUGGGCGUCGUUCACAACUAUGCUGGACUUUUGUCCGCGCGUAUCUUCCUCGGUGUUGCCGAGGCUGGUCUAUACCCUGGCACCGCCUACUACAUCACCAUGUGGUAUCCCCGUGAAAAAGCCCAGUACCGACAGGCUCUCUUCUUCAGCUCGGCCAGUAUCGCCGGUGCUUUCUCGGGACUUCUCGCUUACGCGAUUAGUAAAAUGGACGGUGUGGGCGGGUAUGCCGGCUGGCGGUGGAUUUUCAUCUUGGAGGGACUUCUCACCGUUGCGGUCGCCCUUGUCGCCCCGUUUGCGAUCCACGACUUCCCAGAGACAGCCACCUUUCUGACCGAGGAAGAGCGCCGGUGGGUGAUUCACAAACUGCGGUCUCAAUCCGGACGCGACACAACGCAAGACGGAGCAGUCCAUGAGGAGUCGCGCUUCCGCGUACGCUACGUGAUUGAUGCGUUGACGGACUGGCAGAUCUACGUCGCUUUGUUUAUGUACUGGGGGAUCACCACCCCUCUCUAUGGUAUCUCGUACUUCUUGCCGUCCAUCAUCAAGGACCUGGGGUACAAGUCUUCAACKGCGCAGUUGCUCACGGUGCCGAUCUACAUCGCCGCGGCCAUUGUGGCUGUCGGUGCAGCCUGGCUAUCGGACCGUCGCAAGCAGCGGUCUCCGUUCAUUCUCUUCUUCAUGUCGUUAAUUGCCAUCGGCUUUAUCAUUGUCAUUGCCUCCACCGGUCGGGGAGUACCAGGGGUUGUCUACUUCGGUGUCUUUGUCGCUGUCGUCGGUAUCUAUCCUGCUUUCCCAGGAAAUGUCACCUGGCUCAGCGUCAACCUGGCCGGGGACUACAAGCGUGCGGCCGGAAUGGCCAUCCAUAUCGGGUUGGGUAAUAUGGCCGGUGCCAUGGCAUCCAACUUUUACCGCGCGCAGGACGCACCCAGGUAUAUUCUGGGCCACGCAUUGGAGCUGGGUUUCGCGGUGGUCGGAAUCAUUGCAGUGGUGAUUCUGCGGUUGUCGUAUCAGCGCAUCAACAAGAAACGGGACCAGAUGGAUGUCUCGGGCUAUGAUAAUGCUCAGUUGGCCAGGAUGGGCGAUCGGUCGCCUUUGUUUAGGUACAUGCUGUGA